GGUAAAGCCUUUGCACAGAACAGUCAUCUUCAGAGUCAUAAAAGAACACAUACUGGAGAGAAGCCUUAUGAAUGUAAACAGUGUGGUAAAUCCUUUGCACAGAACAGUAAUCUUCAGAAUCAUAAAAGAACACAUACUGGAGAGAAGCCCUAUGAAUGUAAAGAGUGUGGUAAAGCCUUUACACGGAUCAGUAGUCUUCAGAGUCAUAAAAGAACACAUACUGGAGAGAAGCCCUAUGAAUGUAAACAGUGUGGUAAAGCCUUUACACAGAACAGUAGUCUUCAGAGUCAUAAAAGAACACAUACUGGAGAGAAGCCCUAUGAAUGUAAACAGUGUGGUAAAGCCUUUACAAAGAACAGUAAUCUUCAGAAUCAUAAAAGAACACAUACUGGAGAGAAGCCCUAUGAAUGUAAACAAUGUGGUAAAGCCUUUGCACAGAACAGUAAUCUUCAGAAUCAUAAAAGAACACAUACUGGAGAGAAGCCCUAUGAAUGUAAACAAUGUGGUAAAGCCUUUGCACAGAACAGUGUUCUUUAUAUUCAUAAAAGAACACAUACUGGAGAGAAUCUCUAUGAAUGUAAACAAUGUGGUAAAGCCUUUGCAUGGAGCAGUCAUCUUCAGAGUCAUAAAAGGACACAUACUGGAGAGAAGCCCUAUGAAUGUAAACAGUGUGGUAAAGCCUUUGCAUGGAGCAGUUAUCUUCAGAGUCAUAAAAGGACACAUACUGGAGAGAAGCCCUAUGAAUGUAAACAAUGUGGUAAAGCCUUUGCACAGAACAGUGUUCUUCAGCAUCAUAAAAGAACACAUACUGGAGAGAAGCCCUAUGAAUGUAAACAAUGUGGUAAAGCCUUUGCACAGAACAGUGUUCUUCAUAUUCAUAAAAGAACACAUACUGGAGAGAAUCCCUAUGAAUGUAAACAGUGUGGUAAAGCCUUUGCAUGGAACAGUCAUCUUCAAAGACAUAAAAGAACACAUACUAGAGAGAUGCCCUAUGAAUGUAAACAGUGUGGUAAAGCCUUUGCACAGAACAGUCAUCUUCAAAGGCAUAAAAGAAAACAUACUAUAGAGAAGCCCUAUGAAUGUAAACAAUGUGGUAAAGCCUUUGCACUGAACAGUGUUCUUCAGAAUCAUAAAAGAACACAUACUGGAGAGAAGCCCUAUGAAUGUAAACAAUGUGGUAAUGCCUUUGCACGGAACAGUCAUCUUCAGAAUCAUAAAAGAACACAUACUGGAGAGAAGCCCUAUGAAUGUAAACAAUGUGGUAAAGCCUUUGCACGGAACAGUCAUCUUCAGAAUCAUAAAAGAACACAUACUGGAGAG